AAGCGAGGAACCACUCUUUGCCUACCUAGAUGCCUCUUUGUGUAUGUGUGUGUGUGUCCUGUGUUUGUUUGUUAGGGUUGGGAAUUCCUGUUUGCAAAUACUGGGAGCCGAAUUUGCAAGUCUGGGCAGGAGGAUUAAGUGCAUCUUGUGUCUACUUUCAUCGAUGAUGUUCUCCGCCUUCCCACAUCCCACUGUGCUGGCCUGAGCUUCUUCGCGCCGUUGCCGACGUCCUCGCCCCGGAUUAUCGUCUUGUGUCUCAUUUUCCCCUGCGACAGACGUGAUUUCUCGAUCUUUCUCUUGUUAAGCUAGUGCUUUCCUGCUCGACCCCCCGCCCUUGUUACGCAUCUUUCGUAUCUUCCUCUUUGCUCGUUCUUCGUGUCGUGAAGAGUAUUUUUUCUGCUGUUCCCCUAAUCUCCUCAUCUUUAGAAACAGUCGCCUACUUUACCCAUACUCUAACAGUUUCAGCCGAUUAGAUCAGCCACCCGGAAGUCGUGGCUUACUUAGCCUUUUCGUUACCGUCACGUAGAUUGGCCACCAAUCAACGUUUCUGUUUUUCUACGAGUUCCGCUUUGUCUGCCCACUAAUUCAUAUGACAGAUUUAUAUGCAUUCAUAAUCAAAACAAAUUGACGAGUUGAUGGUAUCAGUAUGCAAGAUGUAAAUUUUUUAUGAUAUGGCGACGCGAAGGAGAUUUGCGCGAAUCUGAAGAUCUGUGAAGUAAGGCACAAGUACAAGUUAUCCUAAAUUUGAGGUGGACGGAGCUUUGGGAUUGCAAGGGAGAAACAGUAGGAGAAUGAGGGAUACUUGCAGAAAUGGUGACAUGAGUGUUGAUAGGGUUCAUUCCAUAAGUAUGAUUGUUAGAGCUAAGAUGUGAAAAGGAAGAAUCGGUGAUACCGUAAGCACGUAAUGGCCAAGAUGGCGGAUGGUAUUCCGCUUCUCUCCGCCUCGACACAGCGGACAUUGGCGGAUAAACUGUACGAGAAGCGGAAGAAUGCUGCACGUGAGGUCGAGGCAGUAAUCAGAGGCCUUGUAGCUCAGCAAGAUCAUGAUAGAAUAUCCAGCCUUCUAUCUCUUCUUGUAAAUGACUUUGCACUCUCUCCACAGUCCAAUCACCGUAAGCAGGGAGGCUUGAUUGGGCUCGCGGCUGCAACGAUGGGCUUGGGGUCUGAGGCUGUUCAACAUCUGGAGAAAAUUAUUCCCCCAGUCUUGAACUCCUUCACAGACCAGGACAGUCGCGUCCGGUACUACGCUUGUGAAGCUUUGUACAAUAUAGCCAAGGUGACACGAGGGGACCUUGUGUUGUUCUUCAAUGACAUCUUUGACGCACUCUGCAAGCUUUCAGCUGAUUCUGAGCCUAGUGUACAGCAGGCAGCUCACCUGCUAGACCGCCUUGUUAAGGACAUUGUAACUGAGAGUGAUCAAUUCAGCAUUGAAGAGUUCAUUCCACUUCUUAGGGAGCGCAUGAACGUGUUGAAUCCUUUUGUGCGCCAAUUCUUGGUGGGAUGGAUUACCGUUUUGGACAGUGUUCCUGAUAUAGAUAUGCUUGGGUUCCUACCAGAUUUUCUUGAUGGGCUGUUUAAUAUGCUCAGUGACAGCAGUCAUGAAAUACGCCAGCAAGCAGACUCUGCACUGGCUGAGUUCCUUCAAGAGAUCAAGAAUGCUCCGUCUGUAGAUUAUGGAAAGAUGGCAGAGAUUCUUGUGCAAAGAGCAGCGUCCGCAGACGAAUUCACACGACUAACGUCAUUCACUUGGCUGAAUGAAUUUGUGAAACUCUCUGGUGAGCAAUUGGUACCUUACUAUGCUGACAUUUUGGGAGCCAUCUUACCUGCCAUUUCAGACCAGGAGGAAAAAAUUCGAGUGGUUGCUAAGGAGACUAAUGAGGAACUCCGAACUGUAAAAGCAGAACCAGCUGAAGGAUUUGAUAUUGGCGCAGUUCUUGUUAUUGCAAGAAGGGAGCUUGGAAGUGACUGGGAAGCUACGCGGCUGGAAGCAUUGCGUUGGAUAGCACUUCUUCUGGAGCGACAUCGAACUGAGGUGCUUUCCUUUUUGGACGACAUAUUCCCUGCUCUACUCUCUUCCUUAGCAGAUACUUCAGAUGAAGUAGUCUGUCUCGUCUUGGAGGUUCAAGCCUGCAUUGCCGGAGACGCCCAACAUUUCCACCGGCUCAUGGUCUUCCUUGUUCACAAGUUCAAGAUAGAGCAGACGCUUCUUGAAAAGAGAGGAACUCUAGCACUUAGGCGCUUGUGUACUCUGUUGGAUGCGGAGAGAGUAUAUAGAGAAUUAGCUAACAUAUUUGAAGGGGAGGCUGAUCUGGAGUUUGCCACUACUAUGGUUCAGGCGCUGAAUUUAAUACUACUCACAGCACCUGAGCUGGCGGAAAUGAGGUCUCUUUUGAAGCAGUCUUUGUUGAAUCCAGCGGGUAGAGAUCUUUUUGUAUCCUUGUCUGCUUCGUGGUGCCACUCAGCAAUCGCCACUGUUAGCCUUUGCUUACUAGGACAGGCGUAUCAACAUGCCAGUGCCGUCAUUCAGGCACUUGGGGAGUCGGACAUAAACGUGAAUUUGCUAGUACAAGUUGAUAAACUCGUGCGACUUUUGGAAACUCCUACUUUUGCUUACUUGAGAUUACAGUUAUUGGAACCUGGUCGGUAUCCAAGUUUGCUGAAGACCUUGUAUGGUCUUCUCAUGCUCCUCCCCCAGCAAAGCGCCGCAUUCAAAAUACUGCGUACGAGAUUGAAGACGGUGCCUUCUCAAACUUUUAUGCACAUGCAACCCUCUCUACCACACACUGAGUUUCCUGGGCUUUCUGCCAUAAGGAGAACAGCUUCGGCAGGAGGAUAUUCGCAAAUUUUAUCUCACAUUCCUACUAUACAAACGUCGUCCACAAGUGAGGAUGGUGAGAGGAGUUCAGAUAACAUCAAUGGUCCGCUGGGUAUCAACUUUGCAGCACAGUUGAAGCAGUUUGAGCAUAUGCAACACCAACACCAUUUGUACCAAAGUCAAAAUAAAGCUCCCCGGCGUACCUUGACACCACCACCAGCUCAGAAUGGACACCAUCUAUCAAGAACGUCGGACGAUGUAUCUGAUUCAGUAAGGAGGACAAGGGCUGCGUCACAGGUGCGGAUGCCACAGCGAACAUCAUGGCGGAGUUAGUACUAAAGCUCAAAUUGCUGGUCACAUGUGCUAUAGUUAUAAACAGGGUCUUACGUGAUUCUUUUCUGUACGAUUUGUUUGUAUAGUAGUUAUUCUGCUUAUUGGUCAUGUACAAGUCAUACAAAUCAUUGUGGCGUAGUGUAAGGUUAUUUGGUGCACCAUGACGCCACUCCAAUCAACGUUAGCUUGGAGUGGAUAAAAGCAAGGUUACAUAGUGAUGUGGGUGUUCAAGGGGUUACGUUAAAAUUUCCCCAGGCUCUCUAGGUGUUGUAAAGUUCACUGAGGGAAAUUGUCGAAGUUUUGAAAUAUGCUCACAAAUUUGUCAAUGCAGCUGAGCUAUUUUGUAGCUAAUUUGUAUACGUACACGCAAAUAAUAUUUUUGAUAUUGCCACAAAAGCUGACUGUUUCUGUCAAA